AUGCCGAGCGAAUUCUCGCUUGCCGACAAAGUGGCACUGGUCACUGGCGGUCAUCGGGGGAUCGGUCUCGAAGGUGCGCUCGCUCUCGCCGAAGCAGGUGCACGGGCGGUUUACUGCAUCGAUAUCUCCGACGCUCCCGGCGCUGAAUGGUCAAGGGUGAAGGAGUACGUCUCCCGCUUGGGGGGUCUGGACGGAGAGCCGAGGCGCUUGGAGUACAUCUGCGGAGACACCCGCGACCAGGAACAGAUGUGGGAUGUCGGGAAGCGAAUCGGCGACAGGGAGGGACGUAUGGAUGUGUGCUUCACGGCGGCUGGAAUAACGGGCGAGUCAUCGAAGGCCUUGUACAUCCCGGAGGAACAGCUGCAGAAGGUUCUAAAUGCGAAUCUAAAGGGCAUGCUCUUCACAGCGCAGGCUGCUGGCCAGCAGAUGGCGCGGUUCGGCAACGGGGGGAGCAUCAUCUUGGUGUCCAGUAUCCUGGGCAGUGUGUCCAACUCCGGGUACGCCUGCUACGAGGUGGCAAAGAGCGGCGUACAUCAGCUCGCACGUAGCUUGGCGUGCGAGCUCGCUCCGGAGGGCAUCCGUGUGAACACUUUUAGCCCGGGAUUGUUCAAGACACCGAUGGUUGAUGGCAUACACAAAGAAAAGCCGGACUUGGGGGCGAUUAUAGCGGAGAGGAACCCGAUGGGGCGCAUUGGCGAGCCGCACGAGAUACGUGGCACAGUGGUGUGGCUUGCAAGCGACGCAAGCUCGUUUUGUACGGGGAGCGAGUGA